AGUUCGCCAUCCAGUCGAACCAAGCGCGACCCAUCCGGCCUGGCCUGCCUUAUCAGGCUUGUCCAUCCCAAAAACCAACGGCCAAGAUUCCUCGCAGCCCUCCGCCCUCCCCACCCCAAGCCUCUCUACCGCGCCGCAUCGGCGACUCAAUCCAACGCCACCACCUUGCGCCUUGCCUUGCCGCAAAACCCCAGUCUAUAUAUACGCCAUUCCACCGGCUUCGCCCCCAAGCCGAAGGUAACCUCACAAGCGACACGCCGUCCUCGAGGCCGCGGGCGCCGCGCGAACCCUAGCCGCCACUCCGAUCGCCCGCACCGGGGGCUGCGCUAUAUGCUUCCGACGAAGAGAGCGGACGGCGCUGAGGACAGCGGCGACGCGGCGGCGAAGAAGGCACGGGUAGGGGAAUCGGCGGCGGAGGCGGGGUCAGAGGCCAUGGUUGCCGGGGAGCCGGUCGGCGGGGGCAGUAACGGGAACGGGGUGGCGGAGAUCGAUGAGGACCUUCACAGCAGGCAGCUCGCCGUGUACGGGAGGGAGACGAUGCGGCUGCUCUUUGCGUCCAACGUGCUCGUCUCCGGCUUGAACGGGCUUGGGGCUGAGACCGGAAAUGUGGAUAUGUGGGACCUAUCUGGCAAUUUCUUUCUAUCUGAGGAUGAUAUUGGGAAGAACAGGGCUGCUGCUUGUGUUGAAAAGCUGCAAGAACUUAACAAUGCUGUUCUUGUAUCUGCUGUAACGGAAGAACUGACUACUGAACACCUUUCUAAGUUCCAGGCUGUUGUUUUCACCAACUUAAGUCUAGACAAGGCAGUUGAAUUUAAUGAUUGCUGUCGUAGCCACCAGCCUCCAAUUCCAUUCAUCAAAACAGAAGUCUGUGGUCUUUUUGGUAGCGUGUUUUGUGACUUUGGGCCUGAGUUUACUGUUCUUGAUGUUGAUGGUGAAGAUCCCCACACUGGUAUAAUUGCAUCCAUCAGCAAUGACAAUCCUGCAAUGGUUUCCUGCGUUGAUGAUGAGCGCCUUGAAUUCCAAGAUGGUGAUCUUGUUGUUUUCACGGAGGUCAGUGGGAUGACAGAACUGAAUGAUGGCAAGCCCAGGAAGAUAGUAGAUGCAAGGCCAUUUUCAUUUUGCAUUGAGGAGGAUACACGUAACUUUGGCAUUUAUGCAAAAGGUGGGAUUGUUACACAGGUGAAAGAACCAAUGAUCUUAGAGUUCAAGAGUCUGAGAGAAUGUAUAAAAGAACCUGGGAAUUUCCUUUUGAGUGAUUUCUCAAAAUACCAGCGUCCUCCGCUGCUUCACUUCGCAUUUCUAGCCUUGGAUAAUUUCAGAAAAAAGUUUGGGCGCUUCCCUGUUGCUGGUUGUGACCAGGAUGCUCGAAAAUUUGUGGAGUUUACUGCUUCUAUUAAUGAGGCUGCAAUUGAUUACAAGAUGGAUGAACUUGAUGAGAAGCUGCUGCAACAUUUUGCAAGUGGUUCUAGAGCUGUUCUGAACCCAAUGGCUGCAAUGUUUGGUGGUAUUGUUGGUCAAGAAGUUGUGAAGGCUUGUUCUGGGAAAUUUCAUCCGCAGUACCAGUUCUUCUAUUUUGACUCGUUAGAAUCUCUGCCAACCUAUGCAUUGGACCCUAAAGACUUGAAGCCAUUGAAUAGCCGCUACGAUGCUCAGAUUUCUGUUUUUGGUUCUAAGCUUCAGAAGAAGAUGCGGGACUCUAAUAUUUUUGUUGUGGGAUCUGGUGCUCUUGGAUGUGAAUUCUUGAAGAACUUUGCUUUAAUGGGGGUUUCUUGUGGCCGUAAAGGGAAGCUAACUAUAACAGAUGAUGAUGUCAUUGAGAAAAGCAACUUGAGCCGGCAAUUCCUGUUUCGUGAUUGGAACAUUGGACAGGCAAAAUCUACAGUAGCCGCUACAGCUGCUAGUGCUAUCAACUCCAGCCUCCAUAUUGAUGCUCUUCAGAAUCGUGCCUGUCCAGAGACUGAACAUGUUUUCAAUGAUGCAUUCUGGGAGGGCCUUGAUGCUGUCAUCAAUGCACUUGAUAAUGUCAAUGCUAGGAUGUACAUGGACAUGCGAUGCCUGUACUUCCAGAAACCACUCUUGGAAUCUGGAACGCUGGGUCCGAAAUGUAAUACACAGAUGGUGAUUCCUCACCUUACUGAAAACUAUGGAGCUUCACGUGAUCCUCCUGAGAAACAGGCACCAAUGUGCACAGUUCAUUCCUUUCCACACAAUAUUGACCAUUGUCUAACAUGGGCUCGCUCAGAGUUUGAGGGUCUGCUAGAAAAAACUCCAAAUGAAGUGAACUCAUUUAUGUCUAAUCCUGCUGAAUAUGCUGCUGCUAUGAGAAAGGCAGGUGAUGCUCAAGCCAGGGAAUUGUUGGAGCGUGUACGUGAAUGCCUUGACAAGGAGCGAUGUUAUAAAUUUGAAGACUGCAUAACCUGGGCAAGACUGAAGUUUGAAGAUUACUUCUCUAAUCGUGUGAAGCAGCUAACAUUCACAUUUCCUGAAGAUGCUGCCACUAGCACUGGUGCUCCUUUCUGGUCUGCCCCUAAGCGUUUCCCUCACCCGGUGCAAUUCUCAGCUGUUGAUUCAUCUCACAUUCAAUUUAUACUGGCUGCUUCCAUAUUGAGAGCCGUGUCUUUCGGGAUCCCCAUACCGGACUGGGCAAAGAACAUGGGUAAUCUGGCUGAUAUAGUAAGUAAGGUUGCAGUGCCUGAAUUUGAGCCAAAGAGUGGGGUUAAGAUUGAAACAGAUGAGAAGGCCACUAACCUCUCCAGUGCCUCAGUUGACGACGCUGCUGUUAUCGAAGACCUUUUAACCAAGUUGGAAGCAUGUGCCAAGAAACUACCUUCAGGAUUCCAAAUGAAGCCUAUUCAGUUUGAGAAGGAUGAUGAUACAAAUUUCCACAUGGACUUGAUUGCUGGUCUUGCUAAUAUGCGUGCGAGAAACUAUGGUAUUCAAGAGGUUGACAAGCUGAAGGCGAAGUUCAUUGCAGGAAGAAUCAUUCCAGCUAUUGCAACUACGACAGCCAUGGCCACAGGCCUUGUGUGCCUUGAGCUGUACAAGGUUCUGGCAGGUGACCACCCAGUUGAAGACUACCGCAAUACGUUUGCCAACCUGGCACUACCAAUGUUCUCCAUGGCUGAACCUGUACCGCCCAAGGAGAUGAAGCAUCAAGACCUGAGAUGGACAGUGUGGGACCGAUGGUCUAUCAAGGGCAACAUUACUGUCGCAGAACUCCUGAAGUGGUUAAGCGACAAGGGCCUGACUGCUUACAGCGUCUCCUGUGGCACAUCCUUGCUGUACAACACCAUGUUCCCGAGGCACAGGGAUCGACUGAAGAGGAAGAUGGUGGAUGUCGCCCAGGAGGUGGCUAAGGUAGAUGUUCCAGCAUACAGGAAGCAUUUUGAUGUUGUUGUGGCUUGCGAGGAUGACGACGGGAACGACAUUGAUAUUCCUCUUAUCUCCAUUUACUUCCGAUAGGCAGGCGCUGUCACUCUAUUGUGAGGAUAGAUGACGAGUGUGCAAAGAAUUCCCGUGGAGAGAUGUUUGAAACAUUCCUAAACUCUUCUUAGUCGGCUUGGUUUUUUUAUGCAUUGGUAGCCUAGUGAUCGCUGAUGGUGUUAGCGUCCAUCUCCCUAGCGUUUUGUGUGGGUCGUUCCGCUAUGUUUGUUGCAUGCCAACUAUUUGCAGGUGUGCGAUGCUGUCUGAUGAUGUUUUAAUGAAUGGAUCAUAACCUCAGGGUAACAUUGGGUUGAUGUUUUGGGAUGGUUACAUGCAUAUGGUAGUUCAGUUGUCCUUU